AUGAUGCAGACCGAGUCGGACAUGGAGAGAGGCCGACAGCAUGCGGCGAGGCACCAUCCCAUCAACGCGAGGGUCGGCCGCUUCCCUCCGGCCACCAGCUCACGAUACAGACGUCGGAAUGUCCAGGUCGGCGACGACGGCGCGGUGAUCGGAGAUGUAAAGGCCGUCGUCGAAUCUGUUGGCGAGGACGGCAAACGUCUCGAUCUUGGCCGUGCGGGGUUCGUGGAUGAAGAGAAAGUCGAUGCGGCUGGCCGUCUCGUUCGGGUUCCCAAACCCCGUGUACGUCAGCGUGUUUCCGUGGCGUUGGCUCUCGGGCAGGAGCGUCGCCAUGUCCGACAUGCCCGACCCCGGCGCCGUCAUGGUCUGGUAAGCGGCCUCGUCCGGCGUGCUGUUCAAGUCGCCGCCGACGACCACGGCCGAGGCCGACCUCUCGUCGUCAUCCGGGCCGGCCCAUUCCUUGGCGAAGCGGAUGAGCAGCUUGGCGCUGUUCUGGCGAGCGACGACGCCGAUGUGGUCAAAGUGGGUGCUCAUGACGACGACGCGGGUGCCGUGGAUGCGGUGCCGGAACUCGCCCACGGUGACGAUGCGGUUGAGGACGGCAUCCCAGCCGCGGGACGGCCUCUCGGGCGUCGGACUCAACCAGCGCGUCUCGCUGCGCCCGCACUGCCACACGUCUCGUCGGUAGAAGAUGGGCGAGAACUCGCCCUCCCUCUCACCCUCGUCACGCCCGCGGCCGACGUGAUCCCACGAGGGGCCGAGAUGGGCUUGCACGUCGCCAACCUGCCCGUCGAGGGCCUCCUGGAGGCAGAUGAAGGGGCCGUCGUGGCUCGUCGUGAGGAAGCGCAGCUGAGCGCAGAGCUUCGGGCAGCGGACGCUCCAGGGCGCCUCGCCAGGAUCCUGGACACUGCUCUCGUACCGAAUGUUGAAAGUGACGAGCCGCAGCAAGAUUCGAUGCGGCCGACGGCCAGCGUCCUCGUGCAGGUGCAUGAAGCUGGAUUCCAGUGGAGGCUACGUCGUCGAUUUCCUCUCGAACGCCGUCGCCGCGGGACAGAAACGGCUGGUGAUCCAGGGCAGCAGAGUGCAGAGUAA